AUGGUGGAUGCACUUGAAUUCGGAGAUGUCUUUACGGAGGAUAUGGGAGUUCUGAAUCCAGGACGUGUGAAACUAGCAGAAUCCAUGAUCCAGUUCAAAAAUGAGAAGACUGGAAAGCUGAGCACAAUUAACGCCUCAGACUUGGACGGCUUGAAUUGGCAGAGACUCGGAAAUCGACCAGGUCUGAAGAUGCGUUGCUCAGACGGGAAAAAAAUUCGUUUUGGGGGCUUCAAAGAUUCAGACUUGGAGAAAAUCAGACAGUUCGCUCAGAAAAAUUGGCAUAAGGAGGUAGAACAUAAUGAUCUCGUGUUGAAGGGUUGGAACUAUGGCACCUGCCAAGUUGACGGCCAAUCUGUCGAGUUCACACUGGAGAACAAACCCGUGUUCGAAGUGCCGCUUUCGAACGUCGCCAACUGCGUCGGAAAUAAAAGCGAAGCAACACUUGAAUUCCAUCAGAACGAUGAUUGUCCUACUUCCCUAAUCGAAAUGCGUUUUCACAUGCCUGCAGAUGUGGAUGAGGAAGAAUCAGAUCCUGUUGAGGAGUUCCGUAAAGCUGUAAUGGCCUUUGCUGGUAUUGAAACAGAGACUGGACAACCUGUUGCUUCGUUGCAACAGAUUUUAUGUACUACUCCUCGAGGACGUUACGAUAUCAAGGUGUUUCCGAAUCACCUAUCACUUCAUGGAAAAACAUACGAUUACAAAAUUCCUAUCAAAACAAUCAUGCGUCUUUUCCUUGUUCCCCACAAGGACGGUCGGCACGUGUACUUUGUUAUUUCUUUGAAUCCUCCAAUUCGUCAAGGGCAAACUCGUUACCAUUACCUCGUUCUUGAAUUUCUCAAGGAAGACGAGAUUGACCUUGAACUUGGGCUGACCGAGCAGCAGCUCAAUGAUCAAUAUGGCGGAAAGUUGGAAAAAGAACUGUCCGGUCCGCUUUACGAAGUUGUUUCGAAAAUUUUCCGUGUUCUCAUUAACAUGAAGAUUACUGUUCCGGGGAAUUUCAUCGGGCAUUCUGGUACACCAGCUGUUAUGUGCGCUCACAAACAGGCUUCCGGAUUCCUUUAUCCUUUGGAAAAAGGUUUUCUUUACAUCCACAAACCGCCCAUGUACGUUCGAUUCGAAGAGGUUGCAUCCGUUCAUUUCGCGAGAUCUGAUGUUUCUACACGUUCAUUCGACUUCGAGAUCGAGCUCAAGUCUGGCCAAGUGCUUGUAUUCAACAGUGUGGAGAAAGAGGAGUAUAACAAACUCUACGAUUACGUACAAAACAAGCACUUACGCAUUCGUAACGCAAAGAAAAUGGACAAAAACUAUGCCGAAGAUCGGUUUGCUGGUUCUGAUGAUGAAAUUGAUCCUUAUAAAGAGACCGUGAAAGCAGAAGGAAAAGAGCGCGCUGGAGCAGAUUCUGAUGAUGACUCAGAUUCCGAGGAUGACGACUAUGACCUAGAUGAAGAUAUCAAGAAACGCAAACAAGAUCGCGAAUCAAGUGAGGGGAGCGGGUCUGAGCCAGAUGAAGAAUUCGACUCAGAUGCUGGGUCCAGUGACGAAAGCGGAUCUGGUGGUUCAGAUGAUGAAGCUUCACCUAAAAAGAAGAAGAAGAAGGAGAAGGAAGCCAAACCAAGGGAAAAGAAGGAAAGGAAAGAGAAAAGUGGAGAGGGUAGGAAAAGGCGUGAGAAAAAAGAGAAGGAUCCUAACGCUCCGAAGAGGGCUCAGUCUGCAUACUUCCACUGGCUCAACGAAAACAGGGCAAAGAUAAAGAAGGAUGGCGAUUCCGUAGCUGAUGUUGCGAAGCGAGCUGGAGAAAUGUGGAAAGCCAUGGACGCAGAAUCAAAGGCGCCAUGGGAGAAAAAAGCGGCUGCGGAUAGAGAGCGCUACGAGUCUGAGAUGAAGGAAUUCAAGAAAACUGGUGCCAAGGCCCCCUCAUCAGAAACGACUUCAAAGAAAUCCUCGGGACCUUCGCCACUGAAAGCAAAAUCUAAGGAAUAUAUAAGUGACAGCGAUGACUCCGAUGACGAUGACGAUAAACCAUUGAGACCCAAAGAGAAAAAGGAUAAAGAAGUCAAAAAGGAAGUGAAAGAAGAGUCAAAUUCUGAUGCAAGCGAUUGA